GCCAAUCUCCCCCAACUCAAAAAUCCACUGCCCCAGCCCCAACCACUUCGAUCAGCAAGCUGCGCUCCGAUCAGCCGAGAGAUGGUGCUCAUGGAGAUCCCCUGGUCGAAGCGCGACAUGGCGCGGGAGGGCGGCGAGGAGGAGGAGUACGACCGCGUGUUCUACGAGGACAUCGAGGCGCCCAGGUUCGUCGACCUCACCGCGCCCGACGCCGCCCUCCCCACCGACGGCCCCUCCUGGUUCUGCCUCCGCAUCGGUUGCGACCAGAACCAUGAGCAGGUUGACCCGGAGGCGCUGCACAGGAGCUUCUUCAUGCGGGUCAUGGCGGCGAGGAGCCCCAACGUCCGGCUGCAGAAGGCGAUCAGGAGGAGGAACCAGAGCUCGACGCUGAAAUGCCCGCACACCGCGCCGCCGAAGCCUCCCAUGGCUCGGUUCGCGAGGCCAAGCACGGUGGCGGAGGCCGCCGAGAAGGCGGCGAAGCCCAAGCUGAAGACCCACCGGAUCUGCACCCUCCGGGACUCUCCGCCCCGGACCAAGGCGGCGAGGGUCGAGGCGUCCAGCGCAAGGAAGAAAGCCCUGACGACGCCGAGGAGCAAGCCCGUCCGGCCGAGGCAGGAGCCGUUCCUCAGCGCGAAGCACCAGAAGGAGCCGGUAGCGGCGGCGAGGAAGGGGACGGUAGUGAAAGCUCUCUUCAUGACCACGCCGAAGAAGGACGCCAGCCAGACGCCGGCGAAGGGCCAGGCGCAACCCCUGUCCGAGGUCUGUUCCAAGAUGAAGAAACUGAAUUUGGCGUGCCGGGAGGUGCCUAGCAGGUAUCUUUGUUCGUCGUCGAAUCAGAACACCGCCAAGAAAUGCGAUCAGACUGCAGCGAAGAGCAUCAAGGCAGCUCAAGAGUCCAGGCAAGAUGUGAGGAAGAAGAAGAUAUUAGGCUGCUCGUUGAAACUUGCCAACUCUGAAGUUGGUAAAGAAAACAGAAACGGCCCUGAGAACACAGCUGCGCAUGAGAAUGCAUGCACAGAAGCUGAAAGCACCAAUGAGGAACGAAAGGUGAUUCAAGAAUCCAGAAUUGGGAUAGAAACAUCCAAAACUGACAAUUGCGAUGCCGAUAAGGAGAAUAUGGCAUACGUUGAUCAGCCAACAGAGCAAAUUUUCCGUUCCGAUGGUGAAAACAUGCAGCAGCUGGAGAACAAUGAGAAUGUUCCACAGAAGGUAGCUAAAAUUCAGAGCAAAGUGCACGCAGAGCAAGGAGGAAAACUCAAGAAGACUACAAAUCCAAAGCCAUUUAGGCUGAGGACUGAUGAAAGAGGAGUGUUGAAAGAAGCAAACCCAGAAAGACACCAGGCGGUUACCGAGAACAACUCCAUGGCUGCACUCAAGGAUGGAAAAAGAGCAAACCAGCAACUAGGAAGAUGUCAUGAUGGAAAGGGACGAGACAAACCGAUCUGUGGCGAGAAACAGAAGAAGCAAACCAGAAACGUUGCCGCGGGUCAGCUUGAUGAAACCAAAAGGGUCUUGAAUAGCAUUCGUUGCAACACUGUGAAGCCUGCCAUGACGAAUAGGAAAACAGUUGGGAAGUCAACAAGAAGUACCAACAUAACAAGUGGCUCCAUUGCACCGUCUCAGAUUGGAAAAGAGAAGAAGAAGACCUCAGUGAAAAUAUCGAGACUCCAAGCAGCUGCAGCUUGAUUGAAGUGACAACUGUUUUAUUGUCAACUCCAAGGAUGAAAAUAGGAGUAUGUAUUUACUGUAUCAGAUUCAUGCCCCGCUGUUCUUGAACUAUACUGUAGUCUGUAAUCGUCAGGACACUCACACCAACAAGGAUGUAUCAUGUUUCCUUGUUCUGUCCAUGCCGAUUCGAGUGUUGAGUGGAAUUCUUUUGUUCUGUACCAUCCAGAUUCUUUUGUAACUCGAAGG